CCGAGGUGCCUCGAACCGAACUGCAACUGACAAUUAGUCGCCGUCUUAUGCUCCUCGCCAAAAGUCGCUUCUUGCCCCGCACUCGAAAAAUCGAAAACUCAAACAAAAACUUGCACAACGACACCACAGCGACCACCGUAUGAAAUUCUAAUCGGAGAACAACGAUCGUGUGUUACUACUAAAUACUAAAUCUUCAAACAAAAUUAUUUUGAAAGAAAACGUUGAAAUUCUAUUGGCGAUCUUGGUAUCAUGCCAUUUGUGGAUCUAUUCAAAAGUUGGAAAUUAACGCAUCAAGAUGAAGCGUAGGAAAAGCAGGAACAAAUGCGCGACUGCUGAGCCCAAACGUUCCAGAACUGGAGUCAUGUCAUGGGAUUGUUAUAUAAGGGUUCCAAACUCCUGAACACAAUUCUGGAUUCCCUGGAAGAUCAAGAGGGUGGAGCUAUGUACAUAUCGUGCGAUGUCUCAAACGGCGGUCCUGUGGAACCAGAGACGGGCUAUGUGCCCAACAAUCCCCUGUUCGGCCUGGCGCUGGACAGCCCGCAGCAAGAGUGCGCCGCUUCCUGCGUCGGCUGCCUAUCCUGCCAGGGCAGCACCGCCCUGCCCAUCUCCUCGCUCACCAGCAGCGACUUCGACUGCGGCGGCUGUUUUGAUCCCACGAUUGGAGUGGGCGUGGGCAUCGGUGGCGGCCACAUCCAGAUCAGCACGACACCGCCGGCGAGCAGCGGCAACGGGAGCAGCAACAACGGUGCCGGAGGAGGCUCCUCAGGGAAUCACGGCUACUGGAGCACCGACGAGAUGGCUUCCACGUUUCCCGGCCUGCCGCCGCUGGACAUCGAUCCGCUGCCCAGUCUGUUCCCAUUCUCGCCCUGCGGCGCUUCCUACAACUUUGCCGCCGGCAAUCCGCACCAGGCCGCCUCCCUCUCCUACACAGUGCAUCCGCACCAGAUGCUCAUCUCGCCGAACUCCCACAACCAUGGCCAGAUGCACUCGCAGCACCAGCAGCACCAGCAAUCCCAGGUCCAGGCAUCGCACGUAGGCAACUCGCUCCUCCAAAGCAGUGGUGGCAACAAUAUCGGCAGUAAUGGUGGUGCCGGCGGAGCGGCCAACACUGCCAGUUGCUACUAUGAAACCAAUGCUGGAUCGGCUGCACCACCUCCUCCUCCGGCGGCAGCCAUGUAUCCCAGCAUGAGCGUGAACGUCAGCAUGAACAUGACCAUGCACCAUGGCUACGGGGCUGGAGAUGCCGGCGGCGUGCCGAUGCAGUGCUCCCAGAUGAACUGGACGCCACCCACUAACUCCACUUCGGCGGCAGCAGCAGCAGCGGCGGUAAAUGUGCUAUACCCACCGCUGCUGAGUCCCGGUCACUAUCCCGCCUCGGCCACGUAUUCCUUUACGGCGGAUUUCCGGGCACCGGCUCCCACGGGUCUGGGCGCCCUGCCAUCGCUGACAGUGGGCGAAAAGGAAUCGCCAUCGCCGCCGGCCAACUCCUCUUUGGCUGGCUACUAUCCCACGGGGGUGGGCAAUCAGGGAUACACACCGCCCCACAAAAGUCCCACCAGCUAUCAGGCAGCCGCCCUGGGCUUGAGUCUAUCCGCCUUCGAUGACGAGGAGGAUAGCAACGAGGAUCUGGACGGGGAUGAGGGCAGCAGUGGCGGCGAGAUGAAACCCAAUCUGUGCCGGCUGUGCGGGAAGACAUAUGCCCGUCCCAGCACGCUUAAGACCCAUCUGCGGACCCAUUCCGGCGAAAGACCCUAUCGAUGCCCCGACUGCAACAAGAGCUUCUCGCAGGCCGCCAACCUGACGGCCCACGUACGCACACACACCGGCCAGAAGCCGUUCCGCUGCCCCAUCUGCGACCGGAGAUUCUCGCAGAGUUCCAGCGUCACCACGCACAUGCGCACCCACUCCGGUGAGCGGCCGUACCGCUGCUCCUCCUGCAAGAAGUCCUUCUCCGACAGCAGCACCCUCACCAAGCACCUGCGAAUCCACAGUGGCGAGAAGCCCUACCAGUGCAAGCUCUGCCUGCUCAGAUUUUCGCAGUCGGGGAACUUGAAUCGGCACAUGCGCGUCCACGGCAACAACAACAGCAGCAAUGGCAGCAAUGGGGCAACCGGAGUUGGUGGAGAAUCCUCCACCGGCAGCGGAGGCGGUGGUGGCAACAGCCUGCUCACAUGACAAAAGCCAAGGAGUGCAGGAGGUUUCCAGCAUUACCACCCCCCGCACACCCACCACAUGCAUCACCAGCACCACGCCCAUCACCAUCACCACGCCCACAUGGGUAACUACGACUACGGGAACUACAGCAUCGGCGAUUACACUCCACCCGGAGCCACACAAAACUAUUCAG